CAAUCCUCCGCGAGGAAAAGCGGCGUUUUCACCGUUUUCACCGUUCUCGCCGCGUGUGCGGCGGCUCCGCAGCAUGGCCUCGUGCGCGGGGGAAGGGCGCCCGACGCUGAGGCGCUGCCUCGCGGUGCUCCGGGAGGCGAGCAGCGACAGCGAGCAGCUCGCGGCCCUGCUGCUGGUGACCAAGGCGGUCAGGGCCGGGGAAGUGGACGCCAGGACCCGCCGCCAGAUCUUCGACGCGAUCGGGUUCACGUUGCCCAGCCGCCUGCUGGCGUCGCGGGAGCCGCCGGAGGGCUGCCCCGAGCACACCUUCCAGGCGCUCGGCCUCACCCUGCUCGCUUGUUUCUGCACCGAUCCGCAGCUCGCCGGCCAUUCCCAGAUCCUGAACAAGAUCCCCACCUUCAAUGACGUCCUGCUUGCGCCCUGUAGCCCGGACACCUCCUCCAUGGUGGAUGACGUGUACCAGUGCCUGGCUGCUGUCCUGGCCACCCGCAAGGGCCCCAAAGAGCUGGUGUCCAAAGGCACCGUGUCCGCCCUCUGCCAGGCCUACGUGCGCCGCGGCGCCGGCUCCGAGCGUGCCCUGCGGCUGCUCGAGGGGCUGCUGGCCGCCGCAGAGGCCAGGUGCUGGCAGAAGGACGCUCCUCACCUCCUGGCCGUGCUCGGCCAGCUCUCCGACGACUUCCUCAAUGCUGGGGACGUGUCCAAAUUCGAGCUGUGCGAGGUCCUGCCUCGCUUCAUCCCCCUGUCCCCGCCACUUGCGCAGGAUCCGCAGGGCUCCGAGUGCCUGCACAAGCUUUACAAAGGGCUGGCCAGCAUCCUGGGCAGCAAACUUGACCAGAGCCAGCGGGACCCGGCGCUGAAGCUUGCUGCCUGCCUCGUGCAGGCCUGUGGGUCAGACUGGAUCCCAGCAGGGCGGGCAGGAAGCAAGUUCUUGGCCUUGCUGGUGAACUUGGCGUGUGUGGAGGUCCGCCUCGUUCUGGAGGAGCCAGAUCCCGUGGAUGUGGAGGGCAAGAAAGAAGUGAUAACUGCCUGCUAUGUCCUUAUUGAGAUGGGGAUCCAGGAAUGCCUGAAUGAAGAGAAGCCACUGCUAGAAGAAGUGCAGAAAAUGCAGCUCUUGAGGAUCAUGGAGGAGGCAUUUGGUGCUGUAAUAUUCUACUUGAGACAGGUUAGGCAGGAGGAGCUGCAUGACCCUUUUAUAUUUGCUUCUGUUCGAAUCCUUGGAGCCUGGAUGGCAGAAGAGACAUCCUCCCUCAAGCAGGAAAUCUGUGAGCUCUUGCCUUUCCUGGUUCAUUAUGCCAAGAAGCUUUUUGAAGAGGGAGAGGCAGCUGCAAGUCUUCCCCAGCCUGAUGGGACACCGGCUGGGCUCGGCAGCUCCGAGGGCUCCCGCUUACCCCAGGAUGCUCUGAGAUUUCUGCUCCCUGGCUUUUGCCAUUUAACAGCAGAGGACAAGCCCCGGGACAUCCUCAUCUGCGAAGGGGCACCAGCGCUGCUGUGCGAGUACUUCCUGCAGCAGUGGCAGCUGCUGCUCCGAGAACUCAGCUCCCCGACUCCGCUGACGAGCACUGAAAUGAGCCUGCAGACUCUGUGUGGCAUCUGCUUAAACCUCGUCGUGACUGCACCAGACCUUAUCAGGCGAGACGAAUGCUUUUCCUCUUUGAUGGACAUGUUGUUGAAAUCUCUGCCAAUUCUGCUACCGCAGAAAGAUCACCUGGUUCUAGCAGCCAACAUUGCCACUCUGGGCUUGAUGAUGGCCAGGAUUCUUGCAAGUUCAGCAGUCCUGCAGGGUACCUGUCCAGCGAAGGAGUUUUUCAGAGCCGCCAUCCGCUUCCUGGCCGAGGCGCACGACGUUCCGGGCCGUGGCCAGGCCGUGGCCGUGGCGCCCGCCUACGAGGGCGCGUGGCCCGACGUGCGCGAGCUCUGGCUGCUGGGCAUGCAGGCGCUGGCCGGCUGCGUGCCGCUCGUGCCCUGGCUGCCGCGCGCCGUCCUCGAGGCGCGCUGGCUGCAGGGCCUCGCCGCCGCGCUGGCCCGCGGCGCCUCCCUGGACCCCGAGCUCCUUGCUGCUUUCCAGGGGGUCUUGGCAGAGCUGGCCGGGGCCUGUAAGACCUGCAAGGAAGUGAUCCUGUCGCACCAGGGGCGGGAAUGGGCCAAUCUUUAUGGAAUGGCAGUUUUGGAACAGCGUCUUUCUGAGCAGUAAAGACCUUUUCGGCAGCCACCUGGAGUGGAAAAGAAAGCCAGGCACCUGCACAAGGUGUGUUGAGCAACUGUCCCACACCCUCAGGUGCUGGAGAGGGACGAGAGACAUUUACGUGACCAAAUCUCAUAAAAUUAGAGCAAUGCAGCAAAGCUCAGCAGGAUUUGCUCAGUCUAGAUCCCUGGUGACCAGGACAGUUGCUACCCCAGUAUAUUUCAAGAUAGACCUGCUUGACAUUCUGUCAAAAUGUCCUCAUUUGUAGAAACAACCCUGUCUCUACAGGGCAAGAAAACACUGUAUUCCUUUACAGUAAAGGAAGGACAUAUGUAACAUCGUAUACACAGGCAUAGGUUGGAGGGGUAAAUCUGAGCUCCUGUGCUUGUGCCACUGACUUUGCAACGGGGACGGGAACAAUAGCCUGGAUGGGGUGAUAUUUUUGAAGGCGAAAUAACCAAAGGUGUUUUUGGCCACACCAAGAGCUCCGGUUUAGGCCGAGAUCUGCUACUUUGAGACACUUCCACCAGAUGUCAGUGUAGGAGCUCUUUAGGAGCGAGGCUGAGGCGGAAAAAAACAAGGCACAGGGUAGACUCCCAUGAAAAAUCAGAGACAACCAAAAGAGGAGUUAUCCUGAGAGGAUGCUGAGUCAGGGUGUUUUUCUAAUAUAUUUUUAAGUCAUUAUUUUAUGAAAGCAGAUUUCUUACAUAACCAAAGGCGCCUGCUGUCUACUGUUCAGGAAAAGGAUCUUUCUGAUCUUUCCAAUUCAGCUCUGAGAAGUUAAUGCAAGUUGAAACAAAGGUAGGUGCUACCAGAAGAGCAAUGCAAACCCAACAAGCAAAUGAGCCUGCU